AUGGAAAACUAUAUGAAACAAAUGUUUUUAAGACGAGCUAAUGUUCUUGCAUUGCGAAAUGUUAGAUUUCAAUCUAGCAUCCCCGAAUUAACUGCAAAGGACUUACCUGCUUCUACUGUUAUUGAUUCAGUGACUAAAAGUUCUUCAAUUGCACCAGAGGUUAAUAGUGAAAAAACAUAUACAAAAUAUUCUAAUAGUGUUACCGAAAAUGCUAAACAACAUAUACUGCCAGUAAAUGUAGAAGCAGUAUAUCAUUUACCUUUAAGAAACGAAGUUAAAUACGGGGAUCUAAUAGCUGAUAUUCAAUUGAGAUCCUACGAUAACGAAAAUUUGGAUUUUUUCUCUGAUUUCAUAUUAAGAGUAGGUUACUAUUUAGGAAUGCCUAUGACUGGCCCAAAGCCUCUGCCAACAAGAAGGGAACGGUGGACAGUUAUAAGAUCUCCUUUUGCUCAAGCUAAAUCCAAGGAAAAUUUUGAAAGACAUACACAUAAAAGGUUAAUCAGAGUGUGGGAUACAGAGACAGAGGUCUUAAAUAUAUGGUUAUCUUAUAUUAAUAAACAUGCUAUUACCGGUGUAGGUAUUAAAUGUAAUGUAUUCAAGAGAGCAGGGCUCGAUUUAGAAAAAGAUGAGAAGGUUGAAAGUUCAAUCUUUUCCAGCUUAGAGAAACAACCUGGAAAAAAAUACAAAGUGUGGAUGAAGUUGUUGGUAACAAGGUUUUGGAAUUAUUAG